AACGACAAAGGUUUGCAAAUCUUUAUACGCUCGCGCAGGUUAUGUUGAAAAGUCAAAACAAAGCGCGGCGCUCACGUGGAUCCGUUGUUUCCCUGACCAGCAGCCCAAAGAGACAUGGGAAAACAAAAAUUAGGCAAGCGAAGACGCCCCAAAGUGGUGGAGGUUGAGGAGAAGGUGGAGGAAGUAACUGUGCUGCCGGAAACUCGGAAAUCCGAUGAACCUCAGGCCAAGAAGGAGCGCUGGAGCAACCGGCAGCGCGUUCUCGUGAUGGCAUCGCGUGGCAUCAACCACCGGGAUCGCCACCUGAUGCGGGAUAUCAAGACGCUGAUGCCUCACCACCGGGAGGAGUCGAAAAUGGAGCGCACGAAGACGCUGACGGUGGUAAAUGAGAUGUGCUCUAUGAAGCACUGCAACAAGGCUGUGCUGUUCGAGGGCCGGCGCAAGAUGGAUCUCUACAUGUGGGUGGCCAAUGUGUCCGAAGGCCCCACGGUGAAGUUCUUCGUGGAGAACGUCCACACGAUGGGCGAGCUGAAGAUGACUGGCAACUGUCUAAGAGGAUCGCGUCCGCUGCUGUCCUUCGAUCCGCAGUUCAGCCAACUGCCGCACCUGAAGCUCCUGCGGGAGCUGCUGUCGCAGGUGUUCGGGGUGCCCAAUUUCCAUCCCAAGAGCCAGCCUUUCGUCGACCACGUGUACUCGUUCACGUGGCUGGACAAGAGGAUUUGGUUCAGGAACUUUCAGAUCCUCUCCGAGGACGGAGCGCUGGUGGAGAUUGGACCGCGUUUCGUGCUCAAUCCCGUGAAAAUCUUCGAGGGAUCGUUCGGCGGAGAGGCGCUGUGGGAGAAUCCGGACUACGUCAGUCCGGCCAGGUAUCGACAGAUGAUCCGGAAGAGCGCGGGCGACAGAUACGAAAACCGCAUGGAGCAGAAGCUGAGCAGAGAAGCCAAGAGGUCCGACGCCACGUAUCCGGCCGAUCCUUCGAACGAGAUCUACUGCGCGGAUCCGGCGAAAAAGGCAACGAAGAUCGCUCAGCAAGAGGAGGAGUCGAGCGACAGUUCCGACGAAGAGGAAGAAGAGGAAGACGAAGAGGAAGAGGCAGAGGAUUCGUCAGAGCCAGAAGACUCGGAAUAGCUGAUGAUGGAGUGGUCAAGAUUUAUUAUGUUAAUAAAAGGAUUUUAUUUCUGACUUGA